CAUAACACAUGUUCACUUUACAACCAAUUAUAAUGGUUGGCAGUGCAUUAGCAUAACCCAUCUCUUCAUGGCUCUUUUCACUCCCACAGCUACUCUUCCAUUCAAAUGUGUAACUGAUUCCAACCCUUCAAAGCCAAAUCCUCUAUUCUCAUCCUCACGACCAAAAUUGAACACCACACACCUCAUAUUACAAGUAGGUGAUUCUGGCAAGUGGAGGAACAUGGUUUCAUUUUUCCCAGGUUUUCUCACUAAAGGCAAAGAUGUUCAGAGCCUCAAGUUGGAGCUCUUUGAAACAAUUGCACCCCUUGAUCGAGGUGCCGAGGCUACUCCUGAGAACCAACAACGUGUGGACCAGAUUGCUAGUAAACUUGAAGCUGUGAAUCGUGUUAAGGAGCCUCUCAAGUCUGAUUUGCUCAAUGGGAAAUGGGAGCUUUUGUAUACAACAUCUCAAUCAAUUCUGCAAACACAGAGACCAAAAUUCUUGCGACCAAAUGGAAAGAUCUAUCAGGCAAUUAAUGUGGAUACAUUGAGAGCUCAAAAUAUAGAAACUUGGCCGUUCUACAACCAGGCCAUUGCGAAUUUAGUGCCUCUUAACUCGAGAAGGGUGGCUGUCAAGUUUGACUUCUUCAAGAUAGCUAGUCUGAUACCUAUUAAAUCACCUGGGAGUGGUCGUGGUCAGUUGGAAAUUACUUAUUUAGAUGAAGAUUUACGAAUAUCAAGAGGUAAUAGAGGUAAUCUGUUCAUCUUGAAAAUGGUGGAUCCAUCCUAUAGAGUCCCUCUUUGACGUGGAUUCUCCAAGAAUCGUUCGUGGUGUCUUCAAUCUUCACUUUUCUGGCAUGAAGUAAAGCUAUCCCUGAGCCAAAACAAAAUUCAAGUCAAGAAGUGGUCCACUUUGUCUGUCUAGAAUUUCUGCCAGUUUAUGCUUUCUUUCUACUGUAUCAUGUAUAUUUUUUUUGUUAAAAUUUUAAAACAUUUACAUAUAUUAAUCGACCCAACUUAUGUAAUCAAACUAAACUAUAUUUAAAAAUAAUGUAAAAUCCAUUUGAUAAUAUUUAAA